AUGAAGCUCCUCAGCCUCGUGUGUCUCUGCGUCGCUUUGUGCGCCCACGGUUCCCUCGCCGUGGACCUCAGCACAUUUACGUGUCCCGACACGAUGCCCACGACGCCUAAUGUGCUGCUCAACCCAUCGUUUGAGGUGGAUCCAACCCCGGCCAAGAAAGCGAACAAAGCAGCCCUGGGCUGGAAGCUGUCGACAGAUCAGAACAUCAACACGCUUCGUGUGGGGCCUACGGGUGAGACGCCUCGCGAUGGGGAAACGGCCGAGGACGGCAACUACUUCUGGCGUUUCUCGAACCUGACGCCCGUCAAAUUGUCGACGACGGCGGGUGUGCCCGUUGUGCUAGGCCAGUACUACCUCCUCUCCUUUUGGGCCAGGCGCACCGGUGGCCUAACGACGUUCGAUGGCAGCCCCACGCUGAAUGUGGGCUGGACGGGCCAGACGCUCAGCCAGAAUGUGGAUUCCUUCCCAGACCCAGUAACAUCGUGGACGCAAUACUGCUACCCUACGCUGCUGCAGGGAGGUCUGGCGGCCACACAGACGCUCUCUUUUCUCAUGGCCGAUCCGCCCGCUGUCUUAUCCUUUGACAACGUCGCACUGCAGCAGGUCGACCCGGUGCAGUCAACAACGACGCUCGUUGUACCCACAGCGACAACCACAACAACUACGACGACGGAGACUGACAUCGCGACGCAGACAACAACGGCUACAGUUGAGCCUGCGACGACCACCUUAACAGUCGAACAGUCAGUUACAGACUCGACGACGUGCACCUCAACCACAACGACGACGUCCACGACUACGCUUGCGGCUCCCACUGCAACAGUAACGGGCAAGUGCCUCGACAUCCACCUGUCGUUCGAGGCCGCCUGCUGUCCUCGGGCGUUCUGUCAGAAGAAAGGAUCCGGCGUACACAGGCGCACCGUGGGUUUCUCGACAGCGACUGAGACGACGACAUCCACCAGCACUUCGACGAGCACACAGACCGACACGACGACUACAACGGAGACCGAUACGGAGACAUCGACUUUGCCUACGCCGACAGCUACAACGACAGAGACGACGACAGUGUCUACAAAGACUGAUGUCGUUUCCGAGACAGUCACGGUGCCCGCAACGGCCCAGCUUCCCACCCAAACAACGACCGUCUGUCACCGCAUCGAUGUGCCCAAAUUCUUCUGUCCUCGCGGCAUGCGCAGCCAGCAGCUCAUCUCUGCAGCCGAACUGGCCUUCCUCAAGCUCUACAAGCAAAAGUACAGCUCCGGUGGCAAAGCACCAUCGUUGUCAGUCACCUGCGAUGGUGACCCGAGCACCUACAUCUAUUGA